ACUUGUCGUGGUUGUAAAUUCCUUCUUUGCAUUGUAUAACGGUAAAUUCAAGCAUUAGUUUUCCUUUGCAUUGUAUAACUGUAAAUUCAAGCAUUAAUUUUUCUUUGCAUUGUAUAUCUGUAAAUUCAUGCUUCAAUUUUCUUUGCAUUGUAUUAAAGUUUGUAUCUUUUCUGCAUUUCCUUGAAAUGAGAUGAGCCCGUUACUUAUUAGCACACAUUAUCUAAAACAAAUCUAGUUUUAGAACAAGAGUGCAACAUUCUUUUUGUUUUGUAUAACAUCCAAAAACCCUGUUUUUUAAGUAGAUCAAGUGUGCUUAUCUUUAGCCUUGUAAUUUACAAUGAAAAUAAUUCGGUUUUGAGCAGUUAAUUUCUCUUGCAAAUAAUUUUGCACAGUUGAUCGGGGAUGGCUCAGUUCGCCUCCUGGCAAAGGGCCGACACAAUUAACUAUUAUUUAAAACUAUUAAAACCUAUUUUUUUUCUGUCGGGGGGCGGAGCUCUGGUGAUGGAGGAGACACCGAGCUGCGUCAAAGACAAAAAAAUCAUAAAUAAAUAAUUAAAAUAUUUAUUUUUAGUUUCUUUUUAGUUUUUUUUUAUUUGUGAUCUCGCCGAGUGACAGGCCCUCUCGGGCGCCCGCCCGAACCUCCCGGAUCCCCCGCGGAAGCGACUGCGAGGCUACUGCGGCAGUGGUAUGAGAAAUUCAUCAGUCAGCGCCCCGGAUGUCAGUUUGGGAAAUGCUGGUCACUCCCUGGUCUGGUCAACUUUGGCUCUGCAGUGAGGAUUGGCGGCGACGCGGCUGGGGAAGACGAGAGGUGCCUCGGUUCACAUUCAGAUGCAGCUCUCCCCAGACCACCCUCUGCUGGGACGCGUUAUCUCGAGACGAGAAGAGUACCAACAAUUCACAGAUUCAGAUGUGGUUUUGUGGAACGGUGCCGGGAAUCUUCCUCCGACACAUCUUGCCUCGCUGUGCCAUGAAAUGGGACUUGCGGAUCUGCCACUUGAUGCCUUUCGAACUGCUGCUGCCUCGGCUCCCGGCGCCUCCAGUCAGCAGGAAUUUUCAACUUCGGGAUAUCAGACGGAUCAGCUUGUCUGAAGUUAUUGUUGUCGGAUGGGCCUUGUAUCAAGAUAAAGGUGGCCCUGCACAACGACUGUCUUCAUGAGUAAGGAAAGCCUCGGAACAGAAACUGCUUUACCAUGGGUAGAAGAGAUAUGGGUUUGAUAAUUUAAGCAGUGUAUCUUUCUUACAUUGGUUUUUUGACUAUCAUCAAUUUCCUCAACAAUAACCAUUUCAAAGUGACGUUGGUGCUAGCCACAGUCAUAGUAACUCUGUUUACAAAUGUAAUGAAAUGUAUCUCUCUAAUGUGUACUUUAGUUUAUUAGGCUCUUUAAUGGACAACUCUAAAGCACUAGUUGGAGCGGUGCUGUCCAUGUGCACAGUCUUCCAUUAAUUGCUGUGCCUUAUCCUGCUAGGUGUGGUAGCAGUGAGAAUUUCAUGUUUCUUCUAGCCAAUGUGGUGCGUCAACGUGGUUUGGUUCAACGUGCAGAUACAUGGAGACCAUUUGGAAUGUGCCAACAAAUGUUUAUGAAAAUCUUUGUCUGAUAGGUUUAAGAUAGGAGAUGUGGCAAAAGGACAAGUGUCUCAAGUGACUCAAACGUGUCUCAUGGAGCAUGGUUUGCUUAAGUUUCUUCCACUUGCUUUCCUAUCCGCUUUUCAUUCUGAAAUGUUAUUUUUGUUCAGUUGCUUUAUUUACCUGUGGCUUUUGCCUUUUCUGGAGAUGGUUCAUGGUUUUGUUGACCAUUUUUUGGCAUGGAAUUUGUAAAGUUGAUGGUUUGAGCUGUUGACCUUUGAUAGUUUGGCUUGAUGUGUGUUAUUACCACUACAAAAGGGUCGGGGGCCUGUAACUCUCUGAGCUAAAUUAUAUGGCGGUAAAACGCAAUGUUGAACCGACUCGUACCAAUUAGAACAUUUUAAAAUAAUUUAACUGUUAAAGGUGGGAGCCAUUGGAAACAAUAACAUCAUCUAUUGGUUAAAUAAUUUUGCCUCUUAAUGGGACCAUAAUUAUUUUUAAAAGAAUCAGGUUUCGCACUGAACAUUAAAGCUGGCAUGAAAUUGUUCCCCAAAAAGGGUUCCCCAUGUCCUGUCCAAAGUACCAGAGUUACUAACCUGUCCGGCUGUCAGACCUGCUUUCAUGUUAUGCAUGAUUAAGGUUCAUUUUGGUUUCUAUGCUGCUUUUCCUAAAUCUUUAGCUUACAUUGCAAGGUUCGUGUCGUGCAUAUUCUCUUGUCCAGGAUUUCCUAUUUAAUAGUCUUGCUGGUAAUUCUAUAAUGUUGCCAUGGCCUUAAAGAAAUUUCUCUGUUAGAAUGAGUUUAGGAUGAGUGUAUUUUGUCUGGUUUAACCCUAACUAAUUGCUUUAAAUUUGGGUCAUUUUCUAUUUUGUAGUGACACUGAGUUCUGGCAUACAAAUUAUUUAUCACUUCAUGUUGAGGUUUGAAGUAAUCAGUCUAUAUUUCUUUGAAGGCUGGAUGUGAUCUUGUGCUUUCCUUUGAGUUUUACCACCUUUUGCUUUAGAUGUUGACUUUAAAUGAGACCAAGUCCGAAUUUUUCUGUUAAGAGAGUUCCAACCCUGAAGAUUUGCAAAAACACUGUAUUUUGUUCCACUUACAUGUUUUAAACAUUUGUUUACCUAGAAUAUUUGAUGUGAUACCUGUAAGUUGUUGAAAGUAGAAUAGAAUAUGUGUACUUCGCAGCCAAAGGAACAUUCGUUGAUGCACUGUAAGCAUAGACAGACAUACAGCUGCUUUGGUCUGUGUGAACGCCCUUUUUCAAACUCUCAUAGAUUGCUUUCUGUGUAGACUGCCCUUGGAUUGAUCUCAAAAUUUUCUGGAGUAUUGUAAAGUGUCAGUCACAUGAUGCCAUGGGAGCCUAUUCCAAUAAUGUUAUGGUCUUUUGUCAGUUUAUAUUUUUGGAAACAAAAGUUUUACUGCAUUUGAAUAUCUUGUCUUUGUGAAAUAUUUAGGAACUCUCCCUAUCCUAGAUUGUAAUUAAACAAAAUGUAUGUUCCAUUUACCAAGGCAUUUUCUAACUUGGAUCUUCCAAUGUUUUCAAAUUUUGUCUUACUGUUUUGUGUCUUUUUAUGACACACAAGUCCUGAUUUCUCCUGUUUGUUAGUUUGUGUUCCUGUUAUUGAAAAUAAAGGCAGUUGCUUAAAACCAAUUAAGAUUUUU